UCACCGGAGCAAGAAGGGGAUGGGAAGAAGGAUACGAGGAAGAGGGCGAAAUAUAUUGGGCGUGCAUGCCAGGAUUGUCAACGGCGAAAGGUCAAGUGUUCUGGAGACGAUGUCUGUCUUCAUUGCCGCGUAAGGGGAAUUCCCUGUAUUUAUAUGCCCAAGAAUCGACGGGGCAGACAAAAAGGAGCUAUUCAACACAAAAAGAAGAGCCCCGUCAAACCAACUACACCGACAGAAUGGUCCGCCCCAUCGUCAAUGGCAGAUAUUGUCGACACAACCCGAGGAUUGGAUGAAGACACAGACGCAUACGAUGUCGUUGAACGGCGAUCACGGGGUAUAUCCCUCGCAUCACAGUUGCAGUCAUUACGGGAGUUAGUAUGUUCGAGUAAACCACUCUCCGGAACAUCUGAACGACAGAGUCUACUCAAUCGGGUGUUUGCCGUUGAACUCCCUCGGCCGGGUCGGAUGAAGAGUCUGCUGGAUGUAUACUUUCGUGAUCUGGACUCCUUCUUUCCCUUCCUAGAUAGAGAAGAAACAGAAGGUCGUGUGUUGGGUGUGUUGGAGAAACUCGGCUACGAUGAACACCACCAUAUCAUUGACGUGGAUUUUCGACAUCAUUCGACCGUCGCUUUACUGUGCAAUAUGAUUGCCGUGGCAGAGUGUUUCAGUCCAUAUGAGAACACUGAAGACGUCAGACCGGGAUGGUCUAUCUUUGUGCGCGGUCGGAAACUGAUCCAGUACUGCUCUUCUCCGAAAUACGUGGAUAUAGAUCUUGUGAGGUAUCAUGCUCUGAGUGCAGAGUAUCUCAUGCAGUCGGAACUGCUUCAAGCUGCGUCCCAGGCUAUCUCGACAGCCUCGCAGCUGGCGAUGCUAGACCGAUUGAAUGACCAGCGAUCAUGGGAGAAUCUCACCCCUCUAGAGAUCGACCAUCGCAAAAUGCUGUGGUGGAUUCUAUACUUUCUCGAUCGGAAAAUCGCACAACGUCUAGGGAGUCCAUACAUCAUCCGGGACAGUGAAGUGGCUGUAUCUGAGUUCCACCAGAUAACAAAUGGCCCAACUGUACAACCGACAUAUGAAUAUAUGCAGGCGUUGAUUAAUCUUGCCCGACUGUGGAGUCAGAUAUGGGAUACCUUUUUUGCAGCGGCAGCAGCGAGACCGUCAGACUGGAAGGAGAUAGAGAUUAUGGAUACGCGCAUUCUGAACUCGCAAAGAGAACUUCCAAUGAGUCUUACGUGGGAAACUGGCAUGCUCCAUGUUUAUAUGCCCGAGACUGAGCCGCAGAUCCGCCGUCGGUUGGCGAUAUAUAUUCGAACAAAUCUAUUACGACUGACCAUCCGCCACAAUCCACUGCAAAACGAUAGACACAAUCCAUCAGCUCAAUUAUGCGCCCGAUUGGCAUCGCAGACCGUCGAAGCGAUCGCAGCAUUCACCAACAGUUGCCCGAGCAUCAAACCAUGCGGGUUCUUCUUCAGCACGGCCUUGAUUGAGUGCAUCUACCAUUUAAUGUCGGUUGUUCAAGAUCCAUCAUUGCAGGAUGAGAAAUCCUCUAUGAUUAAAUCAUUCCGUCUCUCGUACCGACUGUUGGUGCAAUUCUCGCAGACUCUCGACACGGCCAAACGGGCGAUUUGCGCUUUACAUUCUGCUGUUUUUCCAGACGAGCAGGACACGACUCACACGAAUAAUAAUAAUAAUAGCCAAAAUACAGAAAUACCGACGCCAUUCCCCGACUACGACCCGUUCACAUUCAUGGUGUCGCCUGGUUUCGAAGGAAGUGCGUUGAUGAGCCAGCUGGAGAGUGGAUUGAGUCCGAUGGGAGUGGAUUUUUGGAACAGCAUCGAGGAUAUCCCUUUUCCGUUCUGAUGUAGUCAAACAUGAAGACGGAGAUUCAACAAUUGGCCGGAUGGUGUAGUUGGUUAUCACGUAUCGUUAACAGUUCAAACUGAAUCCGAUAAGGUCCUGGGAUCGAACCCCAGUCUGGUCAUUUCUUUUUCUUUUUCUUUUUCUAACUUCAUUCAUUUUUUAAUAACCACAAUUGCAAAUAUUUGAAUUACAGCUUAUUCUCCC